AUGGUGCAGGAAAAGAAGACGGACGAUCAGAUCAAGGAGGAUGCCACGAAACAGCAGAAGGAUGUCGCAGCAGGUCGCACAUCUGACCCCCUGCACCUGCGUCCCGCGCCCCUCUCGCGCCAAGCCGCCGCGGCCCCCAAGCCGUACGUCGUCCGCGAAGCACUGCAGUCCAUCGUGGCGCUGAUUGAGAAGUCCGUCAAGUCCAAGGAGACGCGCCUGCAGUCCGGCCGGCUGCUGCGGCAGACCGCGGUCGCGCGGCGCCACCUGGGCGCUGCUGACCUGGCGGCGUUCCUGGAGGCACACCUGCCGGCCGAGUCCCCGGCCAAGACCUACCUCGUGGGGUUGGUUGAGAAGCUGGGCAGCACCGCAGCGGCGCCUAUGGAGGACGACAGCGCGGCGGCGGCGGCGGCGGGCGGCGGCGGCACGGCGGCGGCGGCGGCGGUCGUGCCGAGCGCGCUGCCAGAGGUGGAGCUGUAUGCAUACCUGCUAGUGCUGGUGUUCGCGAUCGACAAGGGAGCAAUUGAGGAGGCGAGCGACGCGGCGGACCGUGCGGUGGCCCGGCUGCGCGACUUCAACCGCCGCACGCUGGACGUCAUCGCCAGCCGCAUUUACUUCUAUUACGGGUGA